AUGCUGAGGUUCAUCGAUGUCGCCGUCCAUAUCAGGCUCUUGCCGCUCCAGGUGAUGGGCAAGCAAGCCACUAACACUGCAUAUAAAGCCAGGUCGGUGCUGAGGAUGUUGAGUUUGGAGGCAGAUGAUGUGCAGACGGCACGUUUGGCAGUCCGGUCGUUGCUAUCAGACAUGGGUGUUGAAAGCGGUCUGUGGUCAUUGCCAGACCUAGAUGCACCAGGUAGCCUUGAAGAGAGGGGCAGGUGCUUCCCGUUUUCGAUUCCACUGGCAGACUUCUUCGACCACCUCCUGCACCACGUCAUGGAGGAGGUCGAGGGUGGCUUCAGCACAGCUGCCAAGGAGCUCUGGGACAGCUUUGACGCACAGCUGAGUGCACUAUCGAAAGAAGUCUACAUCAAGAAGAACAUUUGGGACAACGCUGCCAUCCCGCACGAAUCGAAGGCAGGUUUGGCAUCGAUGUUUUCUUCUGUUUGCCCGACCUAUUGCAAAACACGUUGGCAUUAUGGUUUCGAUGUGAUGCACUGGUUCUCCAAGAGAGAAGCCCUCAUCCAGCAUUUGGAGCCCGAGUCAGGACAAUCGCGAGGGGACGACUUGUCCCAAGCAGAGGGUGAAGGCCUACGCAAGUUGGCUGCAGAUCAGCUUGAAAGAUCUAUCUUCUGGGCUAUGUUCUGGGCAGUGUAUUGUCUGGAGCAGUGGGGGUUCAAAGUCCACAUGUGGCUCAAAGCUUGUCCUUGUCCACAACACCAGGGUGAAUCGGAACGGCGGCGAAAGCGGAAAGAUCGGCAAUCAGACCCCCACCCCAAGGAAGGCUGCAAGCACAAAGGGCGCAGACUGAUUGAAUUGGCUGAUGGGCAAGCUCAGCAUUUCCAGAAUGAGUUGAAAUCGUUGCGACUAGAAGGCUUUCAGCCCGCCGCUGCGGCUUUGGCACGAUUGCGAUCCAUUGAUGAAGCUAGCCUGGCAGUGGCAGAUGAUAUCUCGAAGGCAUUCGUAGUGGCCCAGCGCAAGGUCUUGCUGCGUUUUGAGCAGGGCUCUGCCUACUACACCAAGUUUCCUUGGUGUGUGGUGAAGCUGUUGCGGUACAUCUUGGUGCCUCCAGGGCAGGAGAGGGUGGCGGCUGAACGCAACAGCAGGCAGCUUGCUGCGGACUGGUGCCGCCAGCGUGAUGCAGGCCACCUCCAGGUGAGGGGCACCUUUGCCGAGCAUCUUUUCGAGGGCGAUUUCUUGGUAUCCAUGCGCAACUGGGGCGGCGGCGGAGAAGGCACUGUCAUGGACAACAACUUGUUCGCUGAGCUUGUUGGAUAUGGUGUGAGUCUCGUGUCCAUGCAGCGCCUGGAGGCUCGGCAUCACUUGGUGAAUAUCAAGAUGGGCUCCAGCCGUGCCAGCGGGGCAACCACAGCCUCGGCGGCGCUGAGGCGCAGGCAGAACCCCGAUUGUCGGCAAAAAUCGUUCAGGGCCGAAUUCGAGGACUACCUGCAGCGGUUUGAUGAGCUUGUGCCAGAGGAUUGGAGCUCGAUGGCUGAGCUGCACCGAUUGGUCAGCGGCCACCACAUCGCUGUGAUGUUCCGGGAUGUUGCGACUGAGGAUGCAAUGAUCCAGCAGCUAAGUUCAUCAAACAGGGUUCAAACCCCUGCUCAUUUGUUGGAGCUUUUCAACCAUAUCAAGGUUGUACUUCGGGAGGGUGCGUUUUACGCAGUGCCAGUGUCCACGGGGGCUAGUGGAGCGACAACCUACGACGUCAUGCAGCUCCUCAGCUUUAAGCCAUCUGCCAAGAAAUACAUGGAGCGGGUGGUGGGCUGGGGCAGCGGAGCAGACAAGUGGCAGGACCAUGUUGCCGUGGCACUGUUGGGCCAACGUGUCGUUGAGCCAGGGCGAGUUACAAUCGACUUGGAACACUCCGAGCAGCAACAGCAGCAGAUCUGUCCGUUUCAGCCAGGUGAGACUUUCGUUUCCCCUACGAGCACUGUGGAGGCAUUCCCUGUUCAGUCGUUGUUCAAGCUCGACUUUGAACACGUGUGUCAGUUUCAGACAGUGAAGCACGCUUGCCGUUUCUCCGAAGAUGCCUUGAUGGAUGCUUUGGACAUCGACUUGGAUGAGCUAGCCGGAGAAGCAGGCAACCCUGUGAACAUCUCGGGCUUCAGGCGUGCUCCCAGCUUGGCCAGCGAGUCCGCAGCUUCUGAAGGGAGCCAGCGUGAGACUUCAUGGGUUUCAAGGCAGGGGCUGGAGAUAGUUCCCGAUAUGGUUUUCUUGCAGCAGGCAAAAGAGCUGGGCCAGCGUGCAGCUACGUCUGGGAAACCCAUUGUUUGCAGCUCUCGCGAGAAGCCGGCAGCAGAUUGGUUGGUCUCACGAAAUCUGGCAUCUUUCACACCUUCGGGUGGAUUGGUGCUUCUAAGCAAUGCCAUGGAGACCACGACAUUCCUUUCGAAUCCAGUCCGCGUUGACAGUGUGUGCAGCACCACCUGGAGCUUGCGCAGGCGGCUCGACCGCCAAGGCUGGCGAACGGGCGCUGCCGCCGAUGCCUGUGUGGAGGAUAAAGUCUUCAACGGGAAGAACUCUAUCCGAGAGUAUCUGGCUCUACUUUUGGAUAGACCGGACGACAUCCUCCGUUAUCAGGACAAGGGUGCCUUUUCGCAUGCAGUGCUGUCUGGGGGGUACUACGACUGCGUCAGAGCAGCUUUCGAAAACCACGCUUCCACUGUUGUCGACGUCCCCAAGAACAUGACCUCUGCUGGUUACGGUGCGCUUUGCUCGUUUCUGCUCGAGGAAACCGAUGCGGACCCUCGCAAGCAAAAGGACAACCUCGAUUGGUUCCGCUCUGCUGCCGCGAAAGUGAAGAGCUCCCGCAAUCCUAGCACCCGCAAGCCUAAAGCCCAAGUAAAGGUGCGACGCAGGAAUCCGAGAGCAGUGCGGGAGUCCGCUCUUGCAGAUGAGCCUGCGGUUGAAGUGUCCAGUGACAGCGAUGCAGACAUGCCUGUGGCACCGGCGCUUGAUAUCGAGCCCUCUGCGGCCUCCGAGGUUGAAGCUGCUAGUGCAAGCGCGAUGCCCUCUGCGGCCUCCGAGGUUGAAGCUGCUAGUGCAAGUGCGGGUGCCCCUGCUGCAGCUCCGCCCAGCUCGUUGUCUGUGCGUCGCCACCUUGAUCGGCCGGCGCCGGAGCCGCUCCCAAUGCCAAUUGAGCCCCGUGUGAAGAAUGAUGGACACCGAGCAGUGACGGCUACUUUGCUGCCGUACUUGCGACAGGUGAUGCUCGAAGAUGCUUACUGCACCCUGAACUCACGUGCGCAGAUCCAUGAAGCCCUGACACGAGCAGACUUUGCAGGCCUCAGAUGCUGGGGGGCCAACCAACUUUACAGCCGUAAGAGGACUGUCGAAGACCUGAUUCUGCAGCAUUAUGUGGAUGCUGUCAGGAUAACUCUCUGA